CCUCUCUGUUUUCUUAGUGGUGUCCUGUCUCCAUUUCUACCCUUCGGGCUACUCCUCUGCCCUGCCUGGGGCUUUCCGUUCACCGCCAGUGAUGGCAGAGGUACUGCUGCCUGGCAGAAGUGUCCUUAUCAGCCUCUUGGCCCAAACUUUUGGUCACGAGGUUUCCCAGAAUAGAACAGCUGAGACCUGAGCUGUUCCCAGCCUGGGCCAGCAGCGAUGCGACAUGUCCUCCCUCCCUGCGGAGCGGCUGGGGACGGCGGGCAGCCCGCAGCCAGAGCACAGGGCGCUGGUGAGGCUGUGCCCGCAGGCUCAGAGCCUGGCCGGUGGGGCAGCAGCGGGUCCUGCCCUGGUUUCUGCCGAGGGUCUGGGUACGGCGUCAUGGGUAGCAUCACAGGCGGAGGAGACAAGAGUCGGGAGCCCAUUUGCACGCGGAAGGUAGCUGGUCCCGCCCAGGCCUACUGGCAGGCCCUGCUGGCUGGGGAUCAGGGCGCUGUGGCCCAGAUCCUCAGCGACCCUCACAACAACCUGAGUCCCGAUGCUGUGUUUGACACAAGCGACCUGGAGGAGUGGAAGAACUACCGCUUCAACUUCCGCGGGCUGAGACUGUGGUCUCUGAGCUACGAGCAGGAGCUCACCACGCCGCUGCACAUCACGGCCAGCCGGGGCUACACAGAGUGCCUGCGGCUCCUGCUGCUCCGGGGUGCCGCCGUCAACUUUGCACCAGGGGGUAAGACUGCCCUGCAUGAGGCUUGUGCAGCGGCCAGUAGAGACUGUGUGCGACUGCUGCUCAGCUUUGGUGCUGACCCUGAAGCUGUCUCUGAAGAUGGCUACAAGCCCCUGCAUCUCUGCAAGAGCCCAGACUCCAUCGAGUGUGUCCAGCAGCUGCUGCAGCAUGGCGCCAGCGUGAACAGUCGGACAGAGGAGGAAGACGACACAGCACUGCAUGUAGCAGCACGCCAUGGCCUAACAGACCACAUCCAGCUGCUUCUGCUCUAUGGGGCAGAGCUGGAGGCAAGGAAUAAGGAGGAGCAGACACCACUGAACGCUGGCUGUGCUCAGCCCCAUCAGCCUCAGGACAUGGACCGCUACUACCGUGUCUGCCAGCUGCUGGUGGAGAGCGGUGCCAACAUCGAUGCUGCAGACAGGGACCGUCAGCACCCCCUUCACCUGGCCUGCAAGAAUGCCAAUGCUCAAAUAGUGGAGUUACUGCUGGCCCGGGGUGCAAAUGUCAACGUCAUGAACUACAGCGGCAACACGGCACUGCAUAAUAUCCUGCAAGCAACUGCCUACAAGCUGGAGCACCACCCAGAGCUGGUGGUGCGAGCCCUGCUCAACCACGGUGCCGUUCGCAUCUGGCCUGGCUCCCUCCUCAAGGUGCUGAGGUACUGCCAUCCCUGCCCGCGUGUCAUCGAGGCCCUGAUGAAUAGCUACGAUCAUGUGCGCGUCUCUGAGGACUGGGUGGAAGCGGUUCCAGCAGAGGUUGUACAGAGGCUCUGCAGCAGACGCUGAUGCUCCUGCAGUACGUGCUCGUGGGCGAAACGCAGGUGAACCCACCGCGUUGUACACGGGGUCUCUCGGAGUGUCUCAGCCCCGCUCCAUUCCUCCGGCUCAUCACCAGAUGUCAGCAACGCCGCUCACAUCCCUCCCUCCUGCAUCCUCACUCCAAGCUUCUCCCUCGGGAUUCUGGGCCACAUGGGCUUGGGCCAAACGCAAGCACAUGCUUGAUAGUAGCCUGUGACUUCUUAAACUUGGUCCUAUGCCUGGCCAGCCUUACUUGACUCCUGGAAAAUACUACAGCAAAUAACGGAACAAUUUGUAAGUGCCUGGACAUGUGCAAAGUUGGUCAGACCAAUCCUGCUUCCUUCUGUAUCAGGCCAAAGGGGAAAGGGGCAGAAGGAACAGAUGUUAACGUGUCUUAAAGGUCUUAAUUUCAUGCUCUUUCACAUAAGAUUCUCAGAAUGAAAUGAAGAAAAGACAAUAUAGAGUGAGCUACUAUUAGAUGAGAGCAUAACUAGUCAGAAGAUCUUAUUCAGAGCCAUUUACCAGUAAUCAAACAGCAGUGAUACACAGAGGGUGUUACCUGGAGGUCCAUCCUGCGUCUGGCUCUGUUCUAGAGUUGUUAAACUCUUGCAUGAAGGAACAGGCAUUAGGCUUAUUUAAUCUGCAGAAGACACUGUGCUGGUUGGGGCUCCAGCACAGUAGACAAAUACCAAGUUCUGCCCUAGAACCAGCAGAACCCAGCUGCAAAAGCCUUAGUAGGGCCUGACCUACCAGAGAUGGUGCAAGCUGAGAUGUGCAGGAGCAAACAUGCCAUGUGCUGCCCGUGAGCAGCCACACACUGCACAGAACAGGCACAUCUGUCGUGGCAUGCACCGACCAGAGCCCGGUCUGUACAGGAGCAGCUACACUGGUCCUCUCUUCUGGAGGUACAGUGACCACAGCGUAGUGGGUGUGGUGACAAAACAACAAUACCUAAACAUGGAACAAUGGCCUGAGCAUCUGUCCUGUGAGGAAAAGCUGAGAGAGCUGGGACUGUUCAGCCUGGAGGGGAGAAGGCUCAGGGGGAUCUCACCAGUGUAUAUAAAUACCUGAAGGGAGGGCACCAAGAGGACGGAGCCAGGCUGUUUUCAGUAGUGCCCAGCGAUGGGACCAGAGGUAAUGGGCACAAACUGAAAAACAGGAGGCUCCAUCUGAACAUCGGGAAACAGGUUUUUCACUAUGAGGGAGACUGAGCACUGUCACGUGUUGCCCAGAGAGUUUGUUGAAUCUUCCUCCUUGGAGAUAUGCACAAGCUGUCUGGACAUGGUCCUGGGCAACUGGCUAUAGAUGGCCCUGCUUGAGCAGGAGGUUGGACAAGAACACCUCCAGAGGUCUCUUCCAGCCUCCACCAGUCAUUCGGGGAUGCUGUGACUGAGUGAAGAGAGCCCUCUCCUUCAUAAUGCAGGACGCAGGACUAGCAGGACUGUUCUUAUACACUGACUCCACACUAGGUGAUGGUGCUGUAGAAAUGAGGGCCACUGCACCUUGUGAUAAGCCAGUGCCCUACCAGCUGAAGACAGGCAUAUCAGCCUUAUUCAUGUACCAGCCUGCAUUGGGAAUGGUGUUGUUUAACCCAUUUUGCCCUGAAUCCUGCAUCCUGCACUCUGAGAACAUCACCUUUUCCUAUAGGCUCUUUGCUUCUGUCAGAUAGCUGUGAAACACAUGUCCAUACAGUGACCUGAGAAUGAUGGAUGUCACCUGAAUGAAAGCAUGCAGAGUGCCAUGCUCGCACAACUGCUGGGGCAGAGCAGUGUGCGUGGCGAGCUGCUUCUACGCUAGAAGUGCAGGCGGUAUCAGGCCUGGCUGCCGGGAGAGACCUGCUUGUGGGCCAGAUAUACCGAUGUUGGCUGAAGGCAACGUGCCCAACCCUAGUGCCUGGGGGCACCUGUCCUCUGCCAUCCCUCCCUUGCGAAGGCUCCUUGGUAACCACCAAAGGGCACAUCAUGCAGUGAUACUCCUGUCCCCUCACUGCUUGCAUGCAGCCGGGGGCUGACAACGUGCCAGGUAAGCACAUUGUCUUACAAGCUGGGUCUCAUGUUGCCAGCUGAGGAAAGGCUGAGCUCCCCCGGGUACGGCUGUGCCCCACUCUGGGACAAGGUCUGGGGUAGGGUGUGCCUCUGGCUCAAUAGACCUGCUGGCUGGUAAGGAUGCUUCACACCUGCAUCGCCUGCGGUUUGUGCCUGGGCUGUGGGACCUGGGGAUGAAGGGUAAGGGGAGAUGGUGCAGGGGUGCCUGCCUCGGCUGCUGCCACCUGGGACCCUGUUGGUUUUGGUUCGUGUCUUAGAUGGCCUGUGUGCCCUCAGCAAACCCAACAGCCUGCAGCCACCAGCUCUCAGAAGGUAUUCCUUUGCUAACACCGUGCAGGAGCUGUGCCCAGUGGGCAACUGGCAGCCACCGUGGGUCCUGCCAGGAGGCCUCGUGGCUGGGAAGAAACCCUUUGCUUGUCAGUGUGGGAAAACAAGCGGUUUUUGGAUCAGGAAGACCCAGCUUGGGGGCUGUUUCUAGGCCCUCUGCUGAACCACAGAGGCUGGUACACAGGACGGGCCACUCUUACUGCUGGCCUUGUGCAAGGCUUAUCAAAAAGACGGGUAUGUGGUAUUGCUCUAGAAUGCUAGCUCCGCCCUUAAGUCCUAAGAUGGACCACUCCAAGUUUUCCUCUCUCUGUAAGUUAUAGUCGUUCCCUAUUUCUGAAACCCUGGCUCGGGACAGGUCCUUGGAAGUAGCCUUUUUCUGCUCUGAGAUCUUGUCAGCAGCAAAACUGUGCGCCUGGGAAUGCUUUUUCUACUAUUAAUGAGGAUAUCCCGGAUUCUUACUGCUCCAGCUACAGCUCUGCCAGGGCUAGUUCUAAAAUACGUUCCGUGGGCAUGAGAGGGUGCCUCCUCAGCCACUGCAGACAAGUUUUGCUGCAGGAGGCUGGAACACCUGGGAGCUCCUUGCACCCAGGGUGCCUGCUGGGGCAGGACCGCCAGGCUGAGCGUGCCUACAGACCCUGAUGGCUCAAGCCAGGGGUGGUUGAUUUUGGACCACUCGAUGGGUGUAGGCCAAGAGCAGAGCUUGUGCCUGACAUCAGCCUAGCUUCUGUUAUCACACCAUCACAGCCAGCCCAUUCUCUAGACUUUCCAAACUUUGAGUAAAUAAUUUUGCAACAUUACCCUGGCUUUUAAUAUGUUUAGUAGCUAUAUUGCAGGAAUGCCCAGAGGCCAUGACUAGAUUUAGUCCUGUUGUGCUAGAUUCUGUGUAGAGAUCGUAAGUGGAGCAGGUAGAGGCAUAAAGUUAAGGUUGCAUAGCAGUUUCCAUUAGAAAGACCUGCUUUCAUUUGCCAGUCAGUUAUUAAACUUUAACUGUUGCAGUUGUGGUUUGCCAUGCUGUGUGCCUCUCUCAGACUGAACUCUUCCCA